CUCUCGCUUCCGCCCUCUUCUUCCCUGAAUUUUCUUGGAGAGAGAGAGAGAGAGAAAGCGAUUAAAAAAAUGGUUCAGAGGUUGACCUAUCGCAAGAGGCACAGCUAUGCCACGAAAUCGAACCAGACCCGUGUCGUCAAAACCCCUGGUGGGAAACUUACCUACCAGACUGCCAAGAAGAGGGCGAAAGGACCAAGGUGCCCUGUGACUGGAAAGAGAAUCCAAGGGAUUCCUCAUCUUAGACCCACUGAGUACAAGAGGUCUAGGUUAGCAAGGAACAGGAGGACAGUGAAUCGUGCCUAUGGCGGUGUUCUAUCUGGUAGCGCUGUGAAGGAGAGAAUCAUCCGAGCCUUUUUGGUAGAGGAGCAGAAAAUUGUGAAGAAAGUUUUGAAGAUCCAGAAGGUCAAGGAAAAGCAAGCUGGCAAGAGCUAAAUUGAGUACUACUUACGAAGCAGAAACACUUUUGAGAAUGUUUGUUUUCUCAAAAGGAAUUUUUGACUUUUAUGACAUGUAUGAGUGCCUAUCAAGCUUUACCCCAGUAUCAUUUUCUCUUCGGACUAUUCUUUCCUUAGUUCUUAUGGACACCUAUUUGUGGUUGCUGGUUUUGCUUGUGUUUGUGAGAACAUCGCAGUUGAAUCAAUUUAGAAGUUCACUUGUUUAUUC